UUGGUUAGAAUGGGAUAAUCCACUACUGACAUUAUUCAGAACAUAAUAGCCAUGAUGAUCCAGAAGCUUCCCCAUUGUCCCUCGAUCUACAUAGUUCGCCACUCCUCUGUCCCGCCCCUGUUCUGGAACCAUCUUCUGACGUGGACGCGUUCAUAAUUUAAGCCCUCGUCCACCCUCCUCCCAACGGAUUUCUUUGUACGAUUCCCAUCCCAUCCAUUCCAGCCCCGCUCCGAUCUCGAGCUUUCUUGCUCCAAGCCGCGCGCGAGUUCCAUCAAAUCAACAACAAUGGCUGACUUCUUGUUUGGGAGCCCGUUCCGCCGUCUCUUCCACUUGCGGCCCUUCCCGGCCGCCGAGUGGUCCUCCUCCGCGGCGGCGGCGGCCAUGGACUGGGUGGAGACCCCGGCGUCGCACGUGCUCCGCAUCAACGUGCCGGGGCUGGGCAAGGACGACGUCAAGGUGCAGGUCGAGGAAGGGAACGUGCUCACCGUCCGGGGCGCCCCGCCGCCGGCGGGGAAGGGGGAGAAGGACGGCGAGGACGGGGCGGUGUGGCACGUGGCGGAGCGCGGGAAGCCGGAGUUCGCGCGCGCGGUGGCGCUGCCGGAGAACGUCCGGGUGGACGGGAUCAGGGCCGGCGUGGAGAACGGGGUGCUCACCGUCGUGGUGCCCAAGGAGCCCGCCCCGGCCCGGCCCAAGCCCAGGCCCGUCCCUGUCCACAGCAAGCUCUGAGCUGAUCAGAGCGGCUGACGCUGCUGCUGCCAACUGCGUUCACAGUGUUCCGGACUUCCAGUACUAUGCAGCAGUAAAAAUCAAGACUACUCCUGCGUGUCUCUGCGAUGCAAUUUGAUGGAGUUUGUAAAUAGAAAAAGGCCACGAGCCAACGAGCACUAUGCCUGCCUGGGUUGAAUAAUACAGUAACGUGUGACUCUGAAUUUGCUAUUGUAGAUUUA